UCUCUGUAAACUGAGAUACAGAGGUGCGGUUAUCUCCGUUACAACGUGUGAGCUCUGGAUCCUAAUGUUCAGAAAAAACCAAACUUCAGACCCACCAUCGUGAUGAGCUCCGUGAGGAAAGAUCUCCGGUACUUGGCGGACGGCGGGUGUUUCUGAGCCAGAGGACUCAGACUGGUCUUCAGGAGGAAGACUUCACGUUACUGCCCUCCUAACCAAACCCCCAGGAGCGGACGGACAUUCGGACGUUUUGACUCGGAUCAUCGUCUGAGCAGCGGCGUCCCGCGGUGGUCGUCAUGGUGCUGAAGGUCUUCUUCCCGCAGUGCUGCAACCGCGCGGCCAGCGGGCUGCUGGUGGGCCGCUGGCUGCCCGGCCGCGACACGGCCGUGGUGCUGGCCGUCAUCCACUACCCCUUCAUCCCCAGCACCGUGAAACAGUACCUCCAGAAGGUCCAGGCCCAGAGCCAGGUGCCGGUGGAGGUGCUGGGCUCGUGGAGCAUGCCCAGUGAGAAGCAGGAGGGUCUGGACUCCUUCCUGAGGGACCUCCGCACCAUCUUCCCCCAGGGCCGCUGGCUGCAGGUCAGCCGGGAGGUGGGCAAGACCGGCUUCAGCUGCCAGCUGCUCCCGCUGGCCCUAGGUGAGGGGGGGGGGGGGAAGGAGAAGAAGAAGAAGAAGAAGAAGAAGAAGGAGGAUCUGGCGGAGGGUGAUGAGAAGGAGGAGGAAGAGGAGGUGGAGGAGAAGGACAGAGUCAUCUUCGUCCACUACGACCAGAGGAAGGUGAUGGUGUCCCAGCUCCACCCUCUGGAGGCCCCAGCCCCGCCCGACUCGGAGGAAACCUCAGAACUCAGACAGAUGUUCUGGACGGUGGGCCGCAGCGAGCCGCUCUUCCUGAAGGAUAAGUACGAUGACGGGCCGCUGAAGAUGAGCCACUGGCAGUCGGAGGGCCGCGAGGCCAGCAUCAUGGUGGAGCUGAUGAAGCUGGCCUCCACCCCGCUCUGCCUGCUGCUGGCCUGGGUGCUGGGCGCCUGGGGCUGGGUCACUGGCACACGGCUGCUGAACCUCCCUCCUCUGCGCUUCCUGUCAGUAAGCUGUCCCUCCUGCGUUCAGCUGAGCCACAGGACCGCCCACAUGAAGACCGUGGGCUCCUUAGACAGAGCCACCAGCCACACAGACUUCAUGAGGAAGGCCAACGUGCUGGUGUCCGUGCUGCUGGACGUCUUCCUUGGGCUGCUCUUCAUCUCCUGGCUCUACCGGGAGCAGCGGCUGGCCCGCCUGGCCAGCGCCCUGAUGCCCGCCGCAGACCGUGUCUCCAAGGAGCUGCAGGAGCUGCUCCAGUGGCUGAUGGGAGCUCCGGCCGGACUGAAGAUGAACCGAGCCCUGGACCAGGUGCUGGGGCGCUUCUUCCUCUACCACAUCCACCUCUGGAUCAGUUACCUGCGGCUGCUGGCUCCCUUCCUGGAGGUGAUCCUGUGGUAUGGAGGUCUGUCCGCGGCCCUAGGCCUGACCUUCGCCCUCUCUCUGCUGUCGGACAUGCUGGCCCUCCUCACCUUCCACAUCUACUGCUUCUACGUCUACGGAGCCAGGCUCUACUGUAUGAAGCUCUACGGUCUCUGUUCUCUCUGGAGACUCUUCAGAGGCAGGAAGUGGAACGUUCUGCGGCAGAGAGUCGACUCGUGCUGCUACGACCUGGACCAGCUCUUCAUCGGGACCCUCCUCUUCACCAUCUUGUUGUUCCUGCUGCCCACCACAGCCCUCUACUACCUGGUCUUCACCAUGCUGCGUCUGAUGGUGGUGGCCCUGCAGGGCAUGCUGCACCUCAGCGUGGACCUCAUCAACUCCUUCCCCGUGUUCGCCCUCGGCCUCCGCGUCUUCACACCGUACCGCCUGGCUGAGGGGGUGAAGUUUCGAGUUCUGUCUGAUGAGCCUGGGACAGCCUUACAUCUGCUUAUGGAGAUGAACGCUCUGGGGUUCGGUUCGGUGGUCCAGACCUACCGGACCCCCACCUACAGCUGCUACCCGCCGGACUCCUGGGGCGCCCUGCUCAGGAAGCUCUUCGUGGGGGAGCUGGUGUUCCCCUGGAAACGCAAGACCACCAAGACAGACUGACCCCCCAAACACAAGAACACAAAGAGGGACUGAGCCCCAAAACACUAAAAGUGUGCGUGUUUGUGCGCUCGCGUGUGUUAGUGCACACAGUGGCCAGUUGAUGAGGGAGAGAGUUUUCGAGGCUCUUGAGGAGUUGCCAUGGGGACAGGUGUGGCUGUUGACCAGGUGGGAACAUGAUGCUGGUUCUAUGUUGUUAUGAUGUCUCACCCUGGAUUGUGCUGUAGUUCUAGUCUUAGUUGUAGAUGUAGUAAAGUUGUUUUAACCCUGCACUAAUGAACCAUUGAGGGGAGGGGAGUCCGUUUAUUUAUCCUAGGACUUGAUUGUUUUGUUGUUUUGUUUCAGGUGAAUCUGUUUUGAUUGUUUUUGUUUCUCAUUGACUAUUUUUGUUUGUGUUGAUCUGUGGAAGUAACAUUAGGUCCCGACCCAUUUUGUCUGAUUGGCUGGGGAACAUUCCGUAACAUUAGAUAUGUCUGAAGCCUGUUUAGCUGAGGACCAUGUCUCUCUGUGAUUGGUCGAUGUAGAGCUGGAGGGGAACUGGUGCCAACGUUCUCUUUUAAUACAAUGUGUCUGAUCAUGUGUUUUUCUACUAUUAAAAACUAAUAUUAUUAACUAACAGCUCAA